UGCUAUUGCAUCCAUAAGUUUGCGUUGCAUUUGGUUGAACCUAUUGUGGUUUUAAGUUGUCGAAUCGAUUAACUAAAUACGUGACGUACAUUUUUUUUAUCAGCUUAAUGUCUAUAUUUAUGUCGAUCACUGGCUUCUCUUAUCUCCAAGCGAGAGAUUGUAAAUCGACUUUUUAACGGAUGAAAGCCAAAUAUUUUUGUGUAUAACAAAGACAAUAUUCCGUUUCUCUAUUCUCUGCUGAAUGCUUUAUCAUCAUGUGGCUGCUUCUCUUGAUGAUUUUACCGGAACACAUCAGGAAUAGACGAUCCGUCAAAGUGGCCGUCUUCUUGGUCGUCGUGGGAACACUGGUGUUUUGGUGGUACAAUUUCCCUUUCCAAAAAGUUCACGAUUACAUUUUACAGAGCAAAAAAGGAAAAUCCAUUUUACUCUGGAACUCUAACGAAAAUGAAAGAUUCUUCAGACAGCAUAGCGGCAGUUGCGGUUCUAUUCGAUGCGAAAUCAUUUCCAAUCGAUCGGCACGUCCCAUCGAAUCUUACGACGCCAUCGUCGUCAUUUUCGACGACCAAUUCUCACCAGUCGACCCAAUGGAGUUGGCUGAAUUUCAAUCGGAGAGCAAUAACACAAAUCAAAAGUUUGUCUUCUACACCCGAAAAUCACCGCAAUCGCUAGCCUCUUAUCUCAACGUGAGUGAAUUCACAGGCGUUUUCAAUUGGACCAUGACCUACAGAAGGGAUUCGGAUAUUCCUAUGCUCUACGGACGGAUUGAGCCGGAAGAAUUGAGGUUCCUCUCGCCGGAAGACGUACUCCGUCACAUAGAAAGAGCUCGCAAAACCUUCCGGCCACGCCCAAAGUCGAUUUCAAAACCCAACAAAGGUUCACCCAUUGUUGCUUGGAUGGCCUCCGAUUGCAACACAACAAGUCAGCGGGAAUUGUAUGUCAAAGAAUUAAAGAAUUACAUUGAAGUUGACGUUUACGGCGAAUGUGGUAACUUAACUUGUGAUGGACCGCAGUGUUACGACAUUCUGGUGCGCAACUACAAGUUUUACCUGUCGUUUGAAAAUUCACUUUGUCCUGAUUACGUGACAGAAACGUUUUUUACCAUGAUGGAUCGAGACGUUGUUCCGAUUGUGUAUGGCGGGGCCGACUACACUCAAUUCGCUCCGACCCAUUCCUACAUCGACGCUCGACAAUUCAAGCCGGAAGAAUUGGCCACUUACCUGAAAUUCCUCGACGCCAACGAUACGCUGUACGGCGAAUAUUUUUGGUGGAAGGAUCACUACCGGGUAACAUCCAGUGAGGAGAACAUGUGGCGUAAUUCAUUUUGUGACUUGUGUCAGAAAUUGCACAGAGAUUUCGAAUCGAAAUCUUAUCAGGAUCUGAUAUCAUACUGGGGUGACAACAACCAGUGCAUACCGUUUGAUCCAAAAUGGAUCUUUUAAAAAAUCGUGAUUGAAUUUGAUUACAUUGUAAAAUUUUAUUUGUUGCAAUAGCAUGGUUCUGUCUGGAAAUCUAAAAUCGAUAUAAUUUUAAUUAAUUUCGUUUGAGUGGAAGAUUGAAAGUGUAAAUAAAAAGGAAUGUUAAG